UCUGGUCACACCAACAGCUGGCUCAGCAUUCAACCAGUAAAAAUGGCUGCUGCAACAUCGUAAUUGUUUAUUUGUUAAAAAAUAGAAAAAAACCCAAGUGUAGUGUAUAUAGCAGUCUAACUGAAGCUGUAAAGGAGUGCGCCCACUACGAAUCAUUCCAGCAACACGCAACAUUUCAGACGUUAAAAAUGUCGCGCUCGCACAACAAUGAGAUCAACAACAGCACUCGCAGUAUUUACAUUUGCUUUGUGAUUUGCAUCCUUUGGAGUUACUGUUGCAAUCUGGUUGCAUCUGUUUCCGUAACCGAGAAUCAAAGUGCGCAACGUUACCUGCCUAAUGUUGCCUUGGGCGAUGAACAGCUCAAGCAGAUGAUCAAAGGCGUCGGAGCAGCGGAUGCCAAUUGGCGACAACGCGCCAAACCAGAAGUAACCGAUGUGAAGACUGAGUUGGCCAAAUUGAAUACCACCUAUGUGUAUCAGAAUGAUUGGCCAGCGAAUGAUGUGAAACUGGGAGCAGUGACCGCAGUCAGCUUGGAUGGCGCUGGCAAUGUUGUCAUCUUUCAUCGCGUCGAUCGCAUCUGGAAUUCCAUAACAUUUAACAACUCGCAUGUGUAUCAAGAACGUAACAAGGGACCCAUUAAACAGAACACCGUGUUGGGUCUUGAGCCCGAGACCGGCAAAGUGCUCUACGAAUGGGGUAAAAAUUUCUUUUACAUGCCACAUGGUCUGAGCAUUGAUCCAGAGGAGAAUGUCUGGGUCACCGAUGUUGCCUUGCACCAGGUCUUCAAAUUUCCGCCACGCGGCGUUGGUGGCCAACCUCUUCUUACUUUGGGCACCGCCUUCCAGCCCGGUGCGGGUAAAAGGAAGUUCUGUAAGCCAACUGCCGUUGCUGUGCUCAACAAUGGUGACUUCUUUGUGGCCGAUGGCUAUUGCAAUUCACGCAUUGUGAAAUACUCGAAGGAGGGCGAACAAAUCUUGGUCUGGGGACAAAAUUCCUUCAGUGGCUACUCGUAUGACGUUUCACCUGUCAAUUUCUUUGCCAUACCGCAUGCUUUAACUCUGGUGCCCGAGCUGGAGCUGCUGUGUGCUGCAGAUCGUGAAAAUGGACGAGUGCAGUGCUUUUACUCAAACAAUGGCAGCUUCCAUUCUCAAUACCACAAUCCACUGAUUGGCGAUCGUCUGUUCAGCAUGGCCUAUACACCAUCAGCUGGUGGUCAGUUAGUGAUUGUGAAUGGACCCACCGGCGAGUUGGGAAUUUCCCCUCAGCACUACAACGAAGUGCAUGGCUUUGUCAUGAGCAUGCGCACCAGCAAACUCAUCUCCAAAUUCGGACCCAAUAACUUGGAAUUUCAGAAUCCACACGACGUUGCCGUCACAGCUGAUGGCAAUGCAAUCUACGUAGCUGAAUUGAAUCCGAUGCGCAUACACAAAUUUGUGCACAAAUCGCUGGCCAAGCCGAUGUCGCUCUCGGUGCAGAAGAUGAACAGCGGUGAGAGUGAGACGUCAGUAACGUCGACGUCCACGUCCUCAACGCGACAUCAUCCCAGUGGCAAGGCCAUAUUGGUAGCAUCCCUGAUGCUGCUGUUUGCUGGCUCCACAUUUGUGCUGGCGCUGAUUAUGGCGCGUCGACGCAAACGAGGUUGCCUACCAUUUGGCACACAUAGUCGCCGGCAUGCUUGGGAGAAGAGCGAGGGCUUUAAACUUGGCGGCCUGCUGGAUCGCAAUGGCUUCGAGAAGCUCGAUCAGAAUGCCAGCGAUGAGGAGCAGGAGCAACAGGAGACGACAACGCUCUCGCAGCAGUACGCCUAGAGAGCGGCAGCCUGACGUACACCAGGACCAAGAGACUUAUCUAUUUUAUAAACAUUCCUAGUUCUUAGUAGUUCUAAAAUACCUCACAGUGAAUUUAUAGCUAUGUUUUUAAAUAUGUGUUUUCUAUGCUUUUACGAUUGUGACUGUGUAUUAUACUUUUUCUGACCAUUCCACAAAGAGCCAACCUUUGCCAAAUUGACAAUUUAAGUACACAAUAUAUAUGCAGACAUAUGGAUUUAUGUGUAAUCAUUUUGUAGUGCUGAUUGAAGAAAUCGUUUUGCUGUCGGUGGUCGUUAUUGAUAAAACUUAACUACAUUUCGGUUCGGUUUCGAUAUAAAUAUAUGUAUAUACUAUAUACUAUAUAGAUAGAUAUAUUGCAACUUAUCGUCUAAUAAGGCCCCUCUGUGGCAGAUAUUCCAAUGGAUGCAAUUAAACGACCUGCGACAUGAAUCCUUCGUUCUCUUCCGUUACAAUUGCAUCAAUGUUAUAGAAUAUAGCAUGCAUAAAGAUGACAAAGCAGGAAGCACCUAGUGUCCAGAAUAAUACGGCGCCAGCUCCGACCAGGAACAGCAGAGGUGCCGCACACAAAUUGAUACCGACAAUUUGUUGCUUCGGCGAUAUCGUGUGUCCAAGAAGCGUUACAUUCGAGUUCUUUGUACGAAUCCUAUGACAACCAUAAGCAACGCCCGCCACGACAAACAAUGUAAGCGGCGACGUAAUCCUAACAAAAUGCAUUUGUUUAAACAGUUGUUAUACAGAUCGCAUAACUAAUAGAUCGAUGUGUACUUACAGACAGUAUAUCAUUAGCACAAUGAAUACAAAUAUGUAAUUGCUUUGGAAAUACGACAGAUUCCGCAUAAUACGAUUGUUUAGACGUUGCAUGCUGA